UACUUUCUCUUCACUAUACCGUCCCCACUUCUGUCUAUCAUAAAGCUUAUAGUACUCAAAGUAAAAGAUAUCGGAAAUAUGUGCGAUAGCUUAUCUCUGAUAAUUGAAAUUGGAGUUCUUGUUUUGAAGGUGCUGCCAUUCAAAAACAAGCCGGAUGUCAUAAAACGAUCUAUUUUUCACCUGAACAAGAAGAUAUUCAGUCAAGCUGAGCCCGAACAGUUAUAUAUCCUUUUGGAAACAGUGGCAACGUGUAGAAAAAUUUUUGCUAUUUUCCUGACCAGCUGUCUGACAAGUUUAUUCACUUGGGCUCUGAAAGUGCUUCUCUACGAAGAACGGGCAUUUCCUAUCGAUGUUUGGUUGCCGUUCGACCCUUUUAAGAAUGUUUAUAUUUACUUGACCGUAUUUUUCUACAUAUUCAUAGGUGUUGGAAAUGCAGCUUUGUGUACCGCUUCUAUUGACACACUUAUGGCAGGUCUUAUCAAUCAUGGAGCAGGACAGAUUAAACUUCUCAAAGACACGCUCAAACAUCUAGGCAGAAGAACUGAUGAAAAAAUUAGGAAAUAUGAAAAUCUCUCCGAGUUCCAAAUGAAACUACUCAAAGAAAAACUCAUCUAUAGGAAGAUCUGCUCUUGUGUUGCUCAUUACGAAGCAAUUCAUCAGUUCGUGAGAGAUUUCGAAAGAACAUACUCAUCGAUAAUUUUUGCCCAGUUUACGGCAAGCGUAUUAGUUUUAUGCAUAUCUUGUCUUCAGAUACUGUUGGUCGAACCUUUGUCCGCAACCUUCUUCGCGAUGGUGAUUUAUGUCUUCACCAUACUUGCUGAAAUAUUUCUUUAUUGCUAUUACGGAACGAUUUUAUAUGAAGAAAGUGACACCAUUGUUGAUGCAAUCUACAUGAGUGACUGGUAUACUUACGAUUUGAAGUCUAAGAAAGCUCUGCUCAUAUUCAUGGAAACAGUAAAACGACCAAUGAGAGUGACUGCUGGGAAAUUGCUAGAUCUCUCUCUGGAUACUUUUAUGAUGAUAAUCAAGCGCUCAUAUUCUCUGUUGGCCGUACUAAGAAAUUAUUAGCAGAACAUAUCAGGAAAAUAUCUUGUUUCACUUGAUUAAAACAUUUGCACAUUCACUACACAGUAUGGAUAUUCUAUUUGCAAUGACAUAAUCAAAGAGAUAAGGAGAGGAAACAUUUGCUGUUUGAGAGGUAAAACGAACAGUAACGAAUUCGGUACAAAUAGAAGAGGAAUAAACAUCUAGGAAAAAUAUGUAUUUUUAUCUUUUUGGAUGAUGCAAUAGAUAGAUAGUGCCUAGAGGAUGACAGCACGAUCAGCUGUCGAGAGUGCUUGCAGAUAAACAAAUAGAAGUUAUAGAGCUUCAAAUCCUUUUUGUAACUUACAUUAAUAG